CGUUCUUCCAUGCCAGUAUCUCCUACUCAAGCGUCUUAGCCCGAAACUAUCAAGCCCCUGCAGGCCAAUCUAGAUCUUCAGCUGAGGUCGGUUCCUCCCAGACAGCAAAUGGUGAGCGUUACCUUUACUACGAACGCCACAUAGAGUUCGCAAGGCCAUGUUCUAGUACUCGGCCAGACCGACAUUUCUGCUAUACUAGAGCAUCGAUGAGAGGAUGCUGUGGUAUAUAUGGUAGGGUGAACGCAGCCAGUACAAUCCAGAUUCAAGCUCAUCUUCCUUUCCAAUCCACUGCCAUCUUCACAACAUCAAGAUGCGUUUCUCAUCCUAUGCUCUUCCGGCUCUGGCGGCUCAUCUGGCUGCUGCCUUGCCUAGACCUCAGGAUAUCGAUCUUGAUAUGGUCUUGGCCGCUCCGGACCCGACAUACUCCCAAGAUAUCGGUGCCACUGCUCAGACAAUCACCGUCGAUCCUCAAGCUCUCAUUGCAUCAGCUACCGCUGCUGUUUCUUCUGUCAGCGUCGCAGUCAGUGAUGUCCUGUCCCAGACUGCCGUAGUCAACUCCAAGAGAGCGGCUGCCAGCCCUACCACUUGUGCUUCCCAGCCUGCCGGAGCGUCCUCAGCUCCUACUUACGCUGCUGAUGUCGACAAUGUUUCCAACUUCCGAGCAAACACUUACUAUUCAUCCGUUGCUGCUGCUGCCCCAACCCCCACUGGCUAUACUCAAUCGUUUCAGGCCCAAACGGCUUCUAACAACGCAUUUGGUUACAUGGGGUUUGACACUUUCGAUGACUACGAUGUCAACACUUGCGCAACCCGAUGCAACGUCAAAUACGGCUGUGUUUCGUUCAACAUCUACUUCGAACGUGAUCCGUCUGUCAAUCCCGAUGACUCGUCCUGUUCGGAUCCUCGCUCCGUCACUAUGAUCAAGUGCGUGUAUUGGGGUGGCCAGGUCACCCAGGAGAAUGCUCAAAACACCGGCCAGCCGCGGGGUAAGUUUAUUGUUGCCAUUGCCGGCUCGAACGGAUACGUCUCUACCCAGAUCUCUACCCCUGCUGGUUACCAAAUCGGCGUCCCUUACGGCAAGUUCGCCAUUAAUGCACCUUACGAUGCUCAGGGCUACAACACCUACAUGGGAGCCAAAAUCUUCACCGGAACAUGGGACGUCUCUCAGUGCUCCAACUACUGCGAUGCCCAGACCAAGUACAACCUGGCUACAGCUCCUAAAGAUGGCACACCUGCCAAGGUCUGCAAGUUUUUCAACACUUACCUUCUGCAGGCCAAGUUGGCCAAUGGCACAAUCGUUCCUCAAGGUCAAUACUGCUCGCUCUACACCGAAGCUUGGCCCAUCAAGUACGCUGUCAAUGGCGGUCAAUGGAGAGGCCAGGAUCAGUACACUGUCGACUACAGCUUCGGCUACGCCAAGACUGCCAGUUCUUCUGAUGUCGACCCGACUCUCGGAGACGCCAAUGGCGCCAAGUACCAAGCUGUUGCCGACAUCAAGUGGUCGUCGCUGCAGCCUUUCUGUUCGAGUUUCCUGAGCUACUCGACUCCUCUCGUGACUGUCGCCACCACUACUUUCGUCACUCCCGUCGCUACUUCCACUGUCUAUUCAAUUUCAACUGUCGCUGCCAUGCGCAAGCGUGCUGGCGGCGCUUCUCCUACAGCAGGCUUGACCACUGACGCCUCUGCGGGUAUCGCGGUUCUGAUAGAUGACAAGAACACCACGUGGUAUCUGCCUCAAUCUCAGGGCAACGUCAACGCCCCUAUCCAAAAGCGCACUGCCUCCCUGGCGAUCCCCGGUGGUCUUUCCAAAUACCCUACCACAGUGAUUAGAUCUGCAUGUGAGAUGCAAGCGACUCCAGUCACCGCGACUUCAACAAUUACCAGUGCGGUGACUCUCACUACCGCCACUUCCACCACGGUAACCUCGAUCAUCUCAUACACAACCGCCGCUGCCCACCCUAAACCUAAAGCCGAUAAUCUCAUUAUCAAUGCUCCUGGCUCAACUGGCAGUGGCAAACCGAUGGAUUAUGUGAACUAUGGAUUGCCCGAUUCAGCUAUUGGAGCCUUCAACAUCGACCCUACGAAGCCCGUUGUCCAUGUCGGCUUCUACAUCGAUUCCUCGACCGGUUACGUCAUGGAUGGCACUUACGGCCUCAUCAUGGCUGCCUACUCGAUGGACGCAGCGUCGAGGAACAAGUAUGCUGCUAUGGUGUACUGGAAAUCGCCAUCAGCCAUGGCGUCCUCCAAUUAUGAUCCCCUGGUGUGUACGCAGACCGCACCUUCGAACUUCUUGCAUUGCUCGAUCACAAGCUCUGGUACGACGACGCCGCUCCAGUUCUUUGCUAUGGACUACAGCGCCGCUUCGGAUCUGUUCGUUGCCGGUAACGGGCUCACACUCCAGUACGGCCAGUAUGCGGCAACUGUGAGCCUUUAUAAUUAGAAUUAGAUUGUUUCGAGAGACGUGUCGGUGGGAAGUUAUGAUAGAAGCUAUCAAAAUUGUCCCGGGCAUGCGGAGUUUUGCACCUGUUUAUAUACCCAAUACAUCGGUCUGUCUUAUCUUC